UCCUGUUCCAAAUAUUACGAAGCUUUUAGCUUCCAACGGUCGACUCAAGCUCGUCAAUGGCGUCGUCUUCUCCGUCGCCGACGAGAAGCUCCGCCGCCGCCGCCGGCGGCGGCGUGGAGCGCCGCCUCAUCCUCCCCCUCCUCCUCGCCGCCGCCGCCCUCCUCCUCCUCUCCCUCCAAACCCUAACCUCCUCCCUCUCCUCCCUCUCCUCCCGCACCCCAACCCUAACCGGCCACAACCUCGCCCCCACCCCAUGGCACCCCUUCCCCCGCCCCAACCCCAACCCCAACCCCAACCCCAACCUCUCCCUCCUCCGCUGCGCCUACCUCUCCUGCCCCCUCUCCUCCGCCGUCGCUCGCCGGAAAAUCCCCUCCUCCUCGGCCCCCGACCCCGCGCGCCCGCGCCCCGCGUGCCCGGGCUUCUUCCGCGCGAUCCGGCGCGACCUCGCCCCGUGGCGGCGAGCGCGGAUCUCCGCCGCGCUCCUCGAGGACGCGCGGCGGCGCGCCGCGAUGCGCGUCGUCGUCGCCGGCGGCGGCCGCCGCCUCUUCGUCGACCUCUACUACGCCUGCGUCCAGAGCCGCGCCCUCUUCACCGUGUGGGGGAUCCUGCAGCUGAUGCGCCGCUACCCCGGCAUCCUCCCCGACGCCGAUCUCAUGUUCGACUGCAUGGAUCGCCCCGCCAUCAACCGAUCCGACUACCGCAGCGACGUCGGCGGCGGCAUCGAUGAUCCCAACGCCCCGAUCCCCCCGCCGCUGUUCCGAUACUGCACCACUAAGGACCAUUUCGACAUUCCCUUUCCGGAUUGGUCCUUCUGGGGUUGGCCGGAGAUAAACAUAAAACCGUGGAACGAAGAGUUCAGAAGCAUAAAGCUCGGUGCUCAAGCCGUGAAAUGGAAGAAGAGGGCGAAAACCGCAUAUUGGAAGGGAAACCCAAAUGUCGAAUCCCCCGUAAGGACGGCGCUGCUAAGCUGUAAUGACUCUAAGACAUGGGGAGCCCGAAUUAUGCGUCAAGAUUGGGGCGAAGAAUCGAGCUCCGGUUUUCAGAAAUCUAAGCUUUCGAGCCAAUGCAACCACCGCUAUAAGAUUUACGCCGAGGGUUACGCGUGGUCGGUUAGCUUGAAAUACAUUCUCUCUUGUGGAUCUCUAGCCUUCGUCGUCGAUCCCCAGUACGAAGAUUUCUUCAGCCGUGGCCUGGUUCCGAAGGAGAACUAUUGGCCCGUCAGCUCCGCCGACUUGUGUCGAUCCAUAAAGUCCGCGGUCGACUGGGGAAACGCGCACCCGUCCCAGGCGGAAGCUAUCGGAAAACGGGGACAGAAACUGAUGCAGGACUUGGACAUGGAUCGCGUGUACGACUACAUGUACCACCUCAUAGUGGAGUACUCGAAACUGCUGGACUUCAAGCCGACCCCGCCUCCGUCAGCGCAAGAAGUUUGCGUCGACUCCCUUCUCUGCGUCGCAGACGAGCAGCAGAGGCAGUUCCUGGAACGGUCGGCCGCUUCUCCGUCUCCUACUUACCCGUGCACUCUCCCGCCGCCUAGUUUCGAUAGUGAAAGGCGUCUGUCGAAGCGACUGCAGAAAGUAAGAAGUGGUAUACGAGAAGAGAGAACGCGGCAGCCGGAAAGUGCUGCUUAGAAUAGCAGCUCUUAGAUCUUCGGUUUUGUUGCCUCCAUCUUCCACUAGAUUGUGGAGAUAGAGAGAGAGGUUAUUCAUAUCCUUUCUAUGUCAGAGAAUUCAUGUUUCUUUCAUUCUCUUUAAUGGCUCAAGGAAACUGUAUUAUUACAGUACAAGUAUAGGGGAUCUUCAGGUUUACUGAAUAUAAUUGUUGAGAGGAUUUAAGAUGAAUUAUUCA